GAACGUGAUGACCAGCCUUCAAAGUUUUACAGAUAUAUUGGAUGAGGAGAUAGAUAAUUCUCCGCCAUUUUCCUUGCCGACAUUGGGUACCUCUAAUUCAGAUGAUCAGAAUGUGGUAAACAAUGUUAACAUUUCAAAUAAAGGUCUCAAUAGACCACCAAAACACACAGGAGAACGCCAAGGUCUAAGAAGUGUUGAAGAAAUAGAUCCAAAAUACAGAGAUGUAUUUAGCUUUCAACAUUUUAACGUUGUGCAAACUAAAGUUAUUGAAGAUGCUUUAUAUUCUGACAAAUCUUUGGUGGUAUGUGCUCCGACUGGAUCCGGAAAAACGGUUAUAUUUGAAAUGGCCAUAGUCCAAUUGCUCAUGGAGAUGGAGGAGAAAAAUAUCGAUGAAGAUUUUAAGAUUAUUUACAUGGCGCCAAUCAAAGCCAUAUGCACAGAAAGAUUAACAGAAUGGUCUCCAAAAUUUAGUAAAUUUAAUUCGUUAUGCAUUGAAGUGACAGGUGAUACUGAUGUUGAUUUCUCACAGUUGAAACCUUACAGGAUUAUAAUAACAACGCCGGAGAAAUGGGACAUGUUGACAAGACGAUGGCGUGACUACAGAGGUAUGGUGGAAGUUAUCAAAUUGUUCCUUAUAGAUGAAGUUCAUAUACUGAACGAUGUCACUCGCGGUCCUGUUUUAGAAGCCGUUGUCAGUCGGAUGAAGACGAUUCAAUCUUCAAUACAAUCUACUUAUCGAAUAGAGCAACUUCAAAAACAAAAACAAGGCAAUAUAAAUAUAGCACAAAUAGAGGCGAAUGCUCCUAAAAUAAGAUUUGUCGCGGUUUCCGCAACAAUUAGUAAUCCAGAAGAUGUCGCUGAAUGGCUUGGCACCACUAACAAAACCGCUGUGUUUUAUAAGUUUGGUGAUGAAUGUCGUCCGGUGAAGAUAAAACGCGUAGUAGAGGGCUACCCCUGUCCAGUAGGAACGAGUAUAUUUAAAUUUGAUAUUACCUUAAACUAUAAAUUGUGGCCCAUCAUUCAGAGAUAUCAUGAUAAGAAGCCAACGUUGAUUUUCUGUAACACUCGAAAAGGCGUUAUUCUAACGGCGGAGGCUUUAUCCCGUGAGAUUACAUUAAGAUUUAGCGAAGAACAGAAAGCGAAACUCACAGCUUUGGCUUCCGCUAUUAAGACUAAGAAAAUCCAAUCACUAGUAAUGUGCGGUAUCGGUUGUCACCACGCUGGCUUGCUGUUCGAAGAGAGGGUGAACAUAGAGAGAGCAUUUCGUAACAGCGACUUACCAAUACUGAUCACUACUACAACACUAGCAAUGGGUGUCAACUUGCCAGCACAUCUUGUAAUUAUCAAGAAUACACAGCAAUAUGUUAAUGGAACUUAUCAGGAAUACAGCAUCAGUACGGUGCUGCAGAUGAUCGGCCGCGCCGGACGACCUCAGUUCGAUUCUGAAGCCACAGCUGUUAUCAUGACACGUCUUGCUGACAAAGCAAGGUAUCAAGCUCUGGUUGGAGGAUGUGAGCCACUACAAAGCUACCUACAUAAACGCUUAGCGGAGAAUCUAAACAGCGAAGUGGCUCUAGGAACUGUUACCGACCUAGCGCAAUGUGUUCAAUGGGUGCGAUCCACGUUUUUCUUCGUACGAGCAGCACGUGACCCCAAGAUGUAUCUAGGUCUACCGAAGUCAGCGCCCACAGAUCUUAUAUCCAAAAAAAUAGAAGAACUAUGCAUGAAAGCAGUGAACGGGUUGGAAAGCUCGGGUCUGAUAACAAAGGACGAGGUGUGCUGUAUACAAUCAACAGAGGCUGGCCGUCUGCUAUCUAUUUACUAUUUGGACUUGGAAACCAUGAAACGUAUAAUGAAAAUAAAAGGCGACGAGUCUCUAGAACAGUUAUUAUGGGUUGUGUGCGAGAGUCACGAACUAUCUGAUAUGCACCUCCGUGUCGACGAACGGAGAUGUCUCAAUGCCCUCAACAGGAAUAAUACAGCCCCGACUAUACGUUUUCCUAUGAAGGGCAAGAUCAAUACAAGACAGAUGAAACUUAACUGCAUAAUCCAGGCCGUGCUCGGCUGCUUACCUAUCCAUGAACCUUCCUUAAACCAAGAGGCCAUCAUGAUAAUGAGAAUCGCAGUCCGUAUUUGCAAAUGUUUAGUAUCUUACGUCACUCGACCGAAUGCAUUGAGAACUUCCCUGCAAAAUUAUCAGGCCAUAUUGAAUGCUAUAGUUUUAGCGAAAUGCAUGGAAUCACAACUUUGGGAGAACUCAAAAUACGUGAGCAAACAGUUGAAAGGUAUUGGCCCGACUUACAGCACUUUGCUCGCUUCUGCUGGUAAAAUUAAUUUUAUGUUACUAGAAGAGAGUCAUCCCCGAGAUUUGGAAAGGAUAAUGAAUAAAGGACCUCCGGCCGGUAAUGUUCUUCGUAAACAAAUAAGUUUACUUCCAAAAUAUCAACUGACAAUAACACCAAUAGACGAAAAUAGCUUAAAAAUACAACUGACACUGUUAAAUCAAAUGUAUUUGGCUGAGAAUCUGGAUCAAUUAACUGCCGGUGCCAACCACACAUCGUAUAUAAUCAUUGGAGAUUCCGAAAACUACCUUUUGAUAUUAGCAUCGGUCAAAGACAAAGACUUAAUAACCAUUCACAAUGGCGAAAUCACAUACCAAACUGUUAGAAGACAUCAAUUUGAACACAAAAUUAUGGCUCAUUGUAUUAGUUCCAAUUUCGCUGGCAUUGAUGUACACUGUGAGUAUCUGUUUCAAGAAUUGGACUUCGGUUCAAAAGAUAUUAUACCAAUAUCUCAAAUAGAGAAAACAGACGGCAAAAAUAUUAAACAAACUGCCAUAACGGAUACUUUUAAAAUACGAAAAAGAAAAAACCAUGAUCCCGUUGAUACGAACGUUGUAGAAAAGAAAAAAUGUGAUUUUGCUAUAAUAGAACAAAUUAAAUCUUUCACCCAAUCACAUAAUAAAUUACGCAAUGAAAUUGAAAAAGAGGACGAUGAACAAAUAAAUGAAAUUUUAAAUAAAAUCGACAAAGAAAUUCUGCAACAAGAUAGACCUAACUUCAACAUACCUCAAAACCAGGUGCCAGUUGUAUCCAAUACUAGAGGAAAUAAAACUUAUGAUUCAGAAGUUAGAACAACAAAAAAUAGAAUUAGUGGUAGUAAUAAAGAAGAGGACGAUGAACAAAUAAAUGAAAUUUUAAAUAAAAUCGACAAAGAAAUUCUGCAACAAGAUAGACCUAACUUCAACAUACCUCAAAACCAGGUGCCAGUUGUAUCCAAUACUAGAGGAAAUAAAACUUAUGAUUCAGAAGUUAGAACAACAAAAAAUAGAAUUAGUGGUAGUAAUAAAGAAGAGGACGAUGAACAAAUAAAUGAAAUUUUAAAUAAAAUCGACAAAGAAAUUCUGCAACAAGAUAGACCUAACUUCAACAUACCUCAAAACCAGGUGCCAGUUGUAUCCAAUACUAGAGGAAAUAAAACUUAUGAUUCAGAAGUUAGAACAACAAAAAAUAGAAUUAGUGGUAGUAAUAAAGAAGAGGACGAUGAACAAAUAAAUGAAAUUUUAAAUAAAAUCGACAAAGAAAUUCUGCAACAAGAUAAACCUAAGUACGAUAUAACUGAAAAACAGAAAAAAGCAAACAAUAUGACUGAAACAGAGAACAGAGAGAUAGAUGAACAGAGUACGUUUGUGAAUACUGUUAAAAAUCAUAUUGACGAAUAUUUAGAAAAAGCUAAACAAAGUAGUAAAGUCGCAGAAAAACAGGUUCUACAAUUGGUAGAAAUAAGUCCCAACAAAACAAUCACCAAAUCAUUAUGUAAAAAGAAAACCGAUGCAAAACAAAACAUUGUCUCCAGUGAUAAAGGUCUUUCAGAAACUAAUUUCCAAAAGAAUGUUUAUUUAACUGACAAAAACAUCGAUGAUACUUUAAAUGACAAUGAAAACGAGAAUAAUGUUUCAAUUUAUGAAAAUAAGGAAAACAUUGAAGAGUUUAAAUUACCACAAAUUCAAAAGGAAGACCUCGACUAUGCAAUCGCCUCCAAAAUUUCAAAUGUCAACAAAACCAAUAGUGUAAUAUCACUUCGUAAAAAUAAACCAAGUCUUAAUCAUUAUGACAUAAAUGGGUUAGAAUCCAAAAGAUUGAAAGAGGGUUAUUCAAAUUACACAAACACUAGAUGUAUUUGGAAAACUAGUGACAUAGAUAAAACUAUACCAAACCAUGAAAAUGAGCGAAACAUAUCCAAAGAUUUCUUUUUAUUAGAAGAGUUACAAAAUGAGCAUGAAAAUGAUACAAUUUCUAACGCAGUUACUAAUAUCUAUUCAAAAGAUCACGAAGUAUUAGACCACGAAAACAAAUCCAGCAACAAUAAUAGUAUAGAUUAUGACCAUAUAAAAAGUAGUGAAAAAUCUGAACCAAUAUCUAAUCUAGAAAAUUUAAAGCAUAAUACAACAAAAGACUAUCAAUUUAACAACAAGAAAACAAUGGAGAUUUACUAUUCAGAUUAUUACGAUGAAUCUAAUAAGGCAUUGGUUCCAAUGUUAUCUUCUAAUGAUGCCAAUAAUGUUUAUGAAAACCGCAAGCAUUCCCCUAACAGUACUUUAGAACAAGCAGCUGAAAAGAUGGAAGAGAAAGAGAUGUUACUCGAUUCUAAAAAUUAUGGUUCAUCUAGUCCAUCGGUUAUCAAAAAUAAUAUCUCUUUUCAACCAUAUUUCAAUAAAGUAUUAGAUAAAACUGUUUCCUUCGGAUGUGAAUACAUGAAAAAGUUUUCAUUUACAAAAACACAAGUAAAUGUAUGCACGAAAAGUAAUACUGAAGAUAAUUAUUGCAUUAUAAGUAAAGUACAAAUUGAUUUGGACAUUAUUAAAAAUCAAUCUACUAUAGAAAAGGGUAAUUUUACGCCCAUUGAAGAGAAACUACCUAAUAUUUUAGUAGACAAUAAAUUAAAUGGAGAUCAAAACAAUUUAGAAAACAGUAAAAUUCUCAUAGAAGAAACUGGAUGCAAAAACGAUAUAGUCAAAAGAGAACAAACGAACAACAUUCAUAACAAACAAAAGAGUUUAAGCACGAUACAAUCGAAAUUUAAAGAAAGUCCUCAAACAUCAAUACAAUUAAAGGAACAAUGUGAUAAAACAUAUAUGGAACAAUAUUACUCUGUUCCUAAAACAUGUCAUACAGUUAAAGACAUUAUCAAUAAAUACCAAAAGUUAGCCUCCAGAAAAUUUUAUGAAUCAGAUGCAGAAGGUCGUUAUACACCCAGUUCUACCUACAAUAAAAAUACAUCAAAUGUUAAAAAUGAAAAAGUUAAAAGACCUUUCAGAAUAAAAGAUUUAGAUAAACACUAUAAGCCGAAAACUCAAAACACUAAUAUUCAACCACCUCCAGAAUUAGACCAUUCAAAAUUGAUGGCAAAAAUAUUUGAAAGUAUAAAAGAUAGCACAGAGACAAAUAAACAUGAACUGGAAGUAAAUAAGUUAAUAGAUGAACCUGAUAUUGAAUAUACAAGAAAUAAAAAUUUCAAUGAUUUAGAAUCACCUGAUUUAGGAUCGCCUGAUUUAGAAUCGACUGAUUUAGAAUCGCCUAUUAUUGACGAUGAAAGUCCUAGUUUUGAAAAAACAGAUUUGCUCAACAAUGACUUGGAUAUAAGUCAAUCUAUGUUGAAUCCAAAAUCACUACUAGAAAGUUUGGCACAAAACGACAUUAUAUUACCACCGUUGCAAUUUCGCGAUGAAGCUAAACGGAACAGUCCCGUUUUUGAUAUAGAUUUAAAUGACUUUAACCUUACAAAUGUUGAUAAAAUUAAUCUGGAUGAUGCCUUUAAAAAAGACGACAACACAUCGUCAACUGCCAGUGAAAUCGAAACCUGGACAAUGUCAAAAGAUGAUGAAACGUGGUCCAAUAUUUCCAAAUCUACUACCGCAGAAGUAAAUAUCCCGAGAAGAGGGGGUUAUAUUACGAGGGACUCGCCAGAAAUCAAGGCCUAA